AUGACCUUCAGAGUUAGACACCUUCUUCUCUGCUCCAUGUCAUAUCCAAACAAAACUGAUUUCUCUAACCCCUCCACUUUCAUUCUCCUGGGGAUUCCUGGCCUGGAGGUGGCCCAUGUCUGGAUCUCCAUCCCCUACUGCACUGUAUACGCCAUCGCCCUCUUGGGGAACUUCACCAUCCUCUUCAUUGUGAAGACAGAGCAGAGCCUCCAUGAGCCCAUGUACUAUUUCCUCUGCAUACUGGCCGUCACCGACCUGGUCCUGGCCACAUCCAUUCUGCCAAAAACGCUGAGCAUCUUUUGGUUCAAUUCCAGGGAGAUCGGUUUCAGUGCCUGUCUCGCCCAGCUGUACUUCGUUCACUCUCUGUCAGUGAUAGAGUCGGGCAUAUGUGUGGCCAUGGCUUUCGAUCGCUAUGUGGCCAUCUGUGAUCCCCUGAGACAUUCUUCCUUGCUGACAAAUUCCAUUAUAGCCAAGAUUGGCCUGGCUGUGGUGCUCCGUGGCGUCAUGCUCAUACUUCCCUAUCCCCUCCUGGCCAGGCAGUGGCCAUAUUGCAGAACCAACAUCAUCCCCUCCACGCACUGCGAGCACAUCACCGUGGUGAAGCUGGCCUGUGCCGACAUUCGCAUCAGUAGUUACUACGGCCUCUUUGUGUUAUUCUUUGUGACUGGUGUGGAUCUUUUUCUUAUUGCUGUGUCCUACACCCAGAUCCUCAGGGCCAUCUUUAAGCUCCCCACCAAGGACGCCCGGCUCAAGACUUUUGGGACCUGUAGCUCCCACCUCUGUGUCAUUUUAUCCUUUCACAUUCCAGGUCUCUUCUCCUUCCUCACACAGCGCUUUGGCCACAAUGUGCCCCUGCAGGUCCACAUUCUCAUGGCCAACGUCUACCUCCUGGUGCCCCCCAUGCUCAACCCCAUCAUCUAUGGGGUGAGGACCAAACAGAUACGAGACAGUUUGGUUCGGCACUUUACUCCUAGGAAGAACUAA